AUGCGACCAGCACUUGCGCGGCAGCUCAUUGGGCUGGCAGCUGCUGGCUGGGCCGUCCGCUGCCAAGUUGCUGGCUUCUCGAGCGUGGACAAGUACAACCUCCAGCGCUUUGUGGAUGCCCAGGCGCCCGUGUACCAGGGCGUGCUCAAAGAAUUGCGAGCCGGGCAGAAGCGGAAUCACUGGAUGUGGUUUAUCUUUCCUCAGAUCUCGGGCCUUGGGCGCAGCGACAUCGCGCGCUUCUACUCGAUUGCUUCGCUGGACGAGGCCUCGGCCUACCUGGGCCAUUCCAUUCUGGGGCCCCGGCUGCGGGAGUGUGUGGCGGAGAUUCUGAAAGUGGAAGGAAAGACCUCCAAUCAGAUCUUCGGGCAAGUGGAUUCCAUGAAGCUGCUGCACGGUCCCACGCAGAAGAACGCGGGCCUCCCCGAAACCCAGUUCGGUCCCACGCAGAAGAACGCGGGUCCCGCCGGAAGCCGGCACGGUCCCACGCAGAAGAACACGGGUUUUACCGAGACCCGGUACGGGCCCACGCAGAAGAACGCGGGUCCCACCGAGACCCGGUACGGUCCCACGCAGAAGAACGCGGGGCCCACCGAGACCCGGUACGGUCCCACGCAGAAGAACGCGGGCCCCGCCGAUUUUUAG